GUCCAGUAACAUCACCGUAUCAAGAGUCUAUGCAGUGGCAACCAUUUCACGAGCACAGCAUCACCCCAUCCCCCAUCGCGGUUGCUUAGCCGCUCGUAUCGUCACUAGGACCUUGAAUGCGUUUACUUUGUCCGUUAAGUAAGCAUUAGGGCCACACAAGGCAAGUGGCCUUUUGGGGUCGACCUAGGCGACUUGCGAGAGCAACUUCCGCGUCCUGUAGCUAUCUGCGGACAUUGAGAAUAAUCCAAUUUUGAAAGCUCGGUAGUAGUUCGAGGACUCGCUUGGGACAAGGGAAGAUCAUUUGCCAAAAAUGGGCAAGUUCUCGUCGCUGGAUGAGCUUCGGCCAUCGCCCAUGUUUGUGUGCACGCUCGUGCUCAUCAGCUAUUUCUUCGUGACGGCGGGAGUUGCGUACGAUAUCAUCAAUGAGCCGCCUGCAGUGGGCGCGACCACCGAUCCUGUGACAGGCGCGGUGAAGCCCAUGACCUUUAUGCCGUACCGCAUGAACGGCCAGUUCAUUCUGGAGGGCAUCAGCGGUGGCUUCUUCUACACGCUGGGAGGUGUGGGCAUCAUCCUGCUGGAUCUCAGCCGUGACAAGAACAAGAGCACGCUGUUCCGCAACUUCUUCAUGGGCAUGGGCUUCUUUCUUACGCUGCUGUCCUGGGCGGCGUGUAUGACGUUUAUCCGCAUCAAGAUGCCCGGCUACAUGCGCUGAGCGGGCUAGGCUGGCGCGCAGCCGCCAUCCCACCAACAGCCUGGCUGGAGGGGGCGGUGCGGGGCUUCAACUCAUACGAGCCAGGUUUCUAAGCUAUCUAUCACCAGCGGCGGGUUCCAUUCCUGCUGUCAUGUCCGCUGUUCUACUUAGUGCCCCCAAGGCACCCUCAUGUAAUAAUCAUGUGCG